AUGGUCAUCGCAGCCGUGGGGCAGUUAUGCUCGACAAGUUCAAUCUCUCACAACUUGACCCAAUGUCGGAUACUGGUAAAAAAGGCAGCUGAUGCUGGGGCAAAAGCAUUGUUCCUCCCAGAGGCAGCGGACUAUAUCGGGUCAUCUCCGGCAGAAACGAUAGCGCUUGCUCGCUCAGUACAGGACAGUGAAUUCGUUCUAGGCCUCCAGAGCGAAGCCCGAGAAGCGAAGGUGCACAUCAAUGUCGGCAUCCAUGAGCCAGCUUUGAAUGGCAAAGUCAAGAAUACUCUUAUCUGGAUUGAUGACAAGGGUGACAUCACCCAACGCUACCAGAAGAUUCACCUCUUUGAUGUUGACAUCAAAGGGGGGCCAGUCUUGAAGGAGAGCGCGAGCGUUGAAAAAGGGAUGGAGAUACACCCCCCUUUCGACACAGUGCUGGGACGUGUUGGUCUAUCUAUAUGCUUUGAUCUACGCUUCCCGGAGAUUAGUUUGGCACUGAAACGCCAGAACGCUCAAAUUAUCACUUAUCCGUCCGCGUUCACAGUCCCCACAGGUAAAGCGCAUUGGGAAACACUUCUACGCGCCAGAGCAAUCGAGACGCAAUCAUAUGUGAUAGCCGCCGCUCAGGCAGGCCCGCAUAAUGAGAAACGACGAAGCUAUGGCCAUUCCAUCAUUAUCAACCCAUGGGGAGAGGUUCUGGCCAAGCUUGGUGAUGAAUAUGAAGAGCCACAAAUCGCGACUGCGGACAUUGAUCUAGAUCUCCUGGCUAAAGUCAGGAGGGAGAUGCCUUUGCUUAGAAGAACCGAUAUAUAUCCAGAGAUAUAG